UAAGACAGCAUGAACCGUAUUGACUAAGCAUCGUCACUCCUUGAUUUUGCUAAUGUUUGGUUUUGUACCAUGCAGGUUGGACAGGAGAAGGCAGCGGAAGAUAAAGGACUGGGACAAGCAUCAUGCUUCGUAUGUUACCCGCUUCCAGUUUUGUGUGGAGGAAGCUCGUAGCAGUGCACGCGCCAAGCUUCGUGAGCAUUGUCCACUUGCUUUUGAUAACUACAUACGAUGGCUUCUUGAAAAUACUCGAGUUGAGAUAUGCCCGCCGGCAUAUAAUGAGGAUAUUCUUGAAGAACCCGUAAACUUUGAGGAUCUAUCAAAGGGGAAGUACAACAGAGAUGUCAGGGUAGGGCACGGAGUCCCUGCUGUUCCGGUGAUUAACUAUGUGCGCACCGAGAUCAAGAAAGCAGCUGAUGAGAGCCAGUCUAUUCUGGAGGAAACACCGGUUGGAAAAGGCAAUGAUGAUGGUCCACUACGAGCAUUCCUCAAGCGUCAGGCCAGGAAGUUAAGGCGGUUAUCGAAUCUUCUCGGUUGCCGUGAUCCCAAAAUUGAUGAACCAUCUGCCUCUAGGUCUGGUACACCAUCAGACCCCUCAUCUCACCAUCAGAGGGACGAUGUGAGUUCCUCAUAUGCUUAUCAGGAUGAUGAGGGUGCGGUCACCCAAGAGGGCGAUGAGCUUGAUGAUGACAUGACUUUGGCGGACGCUCAACUUCGGUCCCCAUAUGUGUUCAAGCCUAGGCAGCCCAGACGCCGGUACACGCCCAACGACUUUGACAACAGAGGCAACCCAAAGGUGGUCGUAGGGACCUCGCGGAUGGCUAGCUUGGAUCAUGAGGCGGAGGCGGAGGCGGAGGAGGAAGUGCAGGAAGAGGAGGCUCGUCCAUCCAGGAAGAAGAAGAUUGCCUGCAGGCGUGGCACCAGGAACACGCGCGGAAGGCAUUAGUGUUUGUUACUAUGGAAGUGCUCUCUUGUAGCCAUUUCGUUAGGUUGAUGAACUUGUUUGGUUAUGUUAUAUGUUGGUGAACUCUUACUAUUGUGGUAUUUGUGUUGUCCUAAAAGAUGUGAUGUUCAAAUUAUUA